AUGGAAAAUAAUACAAAUACACAAGUAAAUAACCAAAAACAAGAAGAUGCUAUAACUGUUGAAGUUGAAGAAUUAAGAAAUGAGUAUGAUCAAUAUUUGAAAAAUUGUGAAGAUUCUAGUGAAGAAAUUAUUGGGGAUUUAAAGAUUAAUGAAGAAGUAGCCAAACAAAUAAGAAAUUUAGAGAACGCUUAUUGUUCUAAAGUUUCUGCUUUUCGGGACAAACAUCUUCAUUCUUAUUAUUGUUUACCUCAAGAAAAAC